AGUGGAUGGAACCGCUUUCACUCCACGCUCGCGUUUGGGGAUCUUGAGAGAGCGAAGUCUUCGGUGUGGCUUGAGCGAGAGAGGGAGGUUGUGAGACCCUCUCUUCUUUCCCUCUUCACUCUCCAUCACCUUCUCCCCUCUUGGUGGAGAUAACAGAACACUCAAAAGCGCGAUAAACAAACGAAAGAAAGUAGAGAAAGGAAAAAUAAACAUUUAAGUCGUGAGUGGAAAGCAGAAAACUCCAGCCAUGAGAUUAUCUGUGCUGGUGUUGGUGACGCUGGCCCUCGUGGCUUCCCAGCCGGCGGAGGCGAAGAGGACCAAGCGAACCAUUGGCAAGUGGUUCUCCGGACUCACGAAGUUGUGGAAGGGAGAGGAGGAGCCUGCGAGACCUCAGCGCCCGGUGUACGUGGCUCUGCCUCAGCCUCAGCCCAUCUACCACCCACCACCUCCUCCGCCUACUCCCACAUAUGGCCCUCCGCCUCCAUCCUACGGAGGCGGCGGCGGCGGAUUCGGACACGGUGGUGGUGGCGGAUUCGGACACGGCGGAGGCGGUGGAUUCGGACACGGCGGAGGCGGUGGAUUCGGACACGGCGGAGGCGGCGGUGGAAUCGUAGGAGGGAAAGGUCACGGCGGUGGUGGAUUUGUACACGGUGGAGGCAAGGGUCACGGAGGCGGUGGAUUCGGACAUGGAGGAGACGGUGGCUUCGGCGGUGGAUACGAUGGUGGACACGGAGGUGGACACGGUGGUGGAUUCGGAGGUGGACACGGAGGUGGACACGGAGGCGGACACGGUGGUGGAUUCGGAGGUGGACACGGUGGUGGAUUCGGAGGUGGACACGGAGGCGGACACGGAGGCGGACUCGGAGGUGGACACGGAGGCGGACACGGAGGCGGGCUCGGAGGCGGACACGGAGGCGGGCUCGGAGGCGGACACGGAGGCGGGCUCGGAGGCGGACACGGAGGAGGACACGACAUCCCUCACGGCUUCGGACCCGUGAAACAUACCGACGUUGUGCACGGCGGCGACUCGUACAGCGCCCCUCCGCCGCCCCCGCCCUCCGAUACCUACAGCUCGCACUCUAUCACGACGUUAGUUGGCGGUGGCCACGGAGGAGACCUAAUCACAUCCGGCCCAGUCAUCCACUCCGGACCCGUUGUUCCACCUGCUCCCGCUCCCAGCCAUCCUCAUCCUUCAGUCCCGGUGGUUCCUCAUGUCCCAGCCCCCCACCCCGUGCCUCACCCCGCCCCUGCGCCCCACGCUGAGCCCAGCAACAGCUACAGGGCCCCUCCGUCCUUCCCUCCGCCCAUGGCUGAGCAUGGUUCCUCGUCGUCCUCCUAUCUCGACGGCUUCCAGCCCUCACAGCCCAUCCCUGUGGCUCCCGCUCCUCCUCCUCCUCUGUACGACCUCCCGGCCGGCUCUUCGGGCGUCGGCGCUAGCAUUGGUGGUGGUAUCGGUGGUGGCAUCGGUGGUGGCUUCGGCAGUAGCGGUGGCGCCGUUUUUGGGGAUACGCACGCCCCUGCUCCGAUCGAAGUCCUGCCGCCGUCUCCCAACCUGCACUCACUCCCUAUCCAGACGCCAAGCGAGUCUUACGAGAGCCCGAGGACCAUAGCCGGCGCUCUGGACGCCCUUGACCUCGGCUCGCAGCUGGGUUACGACGACCCGAUUAUCGAGAUCGUGUUUGAGGACGGCGAGCCAGCCCCACCUCCUCCCCCGCCCAUCAUCGACCCCGAGCUCUUUGCCCUCCAGGAGGAGCCCGUGGAAGUGUACUUCAUCGAGUAUUCUCCGGGUGACAACAUCGACGACAUCGCCUCCUUAAACCUGGAUGGCGCUCAACCGGCCAUCCUUCACGACCUUCCGGAAGAACUUCCGUUCGACGUCCGCUCACAACUUCUAGAUUCCGGCGUGCUGGAUAAUGCUGAGAUUCAGGUGAUCGAUCUGGACGACGCCCUUGGAUCCAGCUUCCUGGAUCAGAACGCCCGCGACGCCCUCGCCGCUGCGUAUGGAUCCGAAAGCCGCCUCUCAGAGACAAAGGUGAGAGCACCAAGGAACCAGGACGGCGUGGACAUUCGUGUUCACCGCCUGCUCGACGAGGAAAACAACACGGUGGAAGCCUUGCUCUCGGGGCUCGGUCUCUACAAGGAGGGUCGCUUUGCAGGCGUCGUGGAAGUCAACGACAAGGACUCUGAUAAAUUCGUGCCAGUUGUCGUCGACGGCAACCGGUUCCCCUUGCCCGAAGACCUCGAGGGCCGCGAAGUGGCCGGGGUGCUCGUCCUUGCCAACAGCAAGGAGGACGACUUUGACAGCAGCAACGACAAACCUCCAGCCAAUACGAGCGACCCCGAAUUCAACUUGGUCGAGGCUGCGUCCAGGCUGAGGUCGCGGACCUCACAGUCAGCGCCUCUCUCUCCGGAGGACCGUGAGUGGUACGGCAAUCCUGACGACUGGCGCCCAAUUUUUGAAUAAACGAGAUGUGAUGUCGUAAAAAAUCUUCCUGGAAUGCGAGGCUUAGGAUUCUAGUCCAAGCCUGGAGCUUGAGCCGGGAGUCCAGACUCAGUACUCCAUUCUUGCCAUCAAGAAACGGAGUGUAGCAGUCUUCUCGGAAAACUAAAAAAAACGUUUCUGUUUUCGAGGCAAAACAAAAUCUCCGAAGUGUGAAACGUGUGUCUCUAGAGUAUUCUACAUUUUUUUUUUUUUUUUUUUUCAUUUGAAAAAGGAGGCUAGAAAGUCACUCUUCCUCAGCCCUCCCCCUCCCCCUCCCCCUUUUAUUAGUUACCUCCCCCUUACCUUUUGCAAAACCUAUUUUUCGAAGCGAGGGCAUUGCCCUCACCAAAGAAAACAUUGAAUCUUUUUAUAUAUUUUUGUUCCUCUUCUCUGUUUUCGGGUUGUCAAGUUUUGCGUAGCUUUACUACCGACUCUACACAUGAUGCUGUAAAUACUGCUUCAUUAGUUGUUUUUUCUCUUCUUUUCGUUUCCUUACUUUUUUGUUAUGAACAUAUCUGUUUUAGGUUUAAGGUUCUGAUUGGCCGUGGCGAUGAAAAAAGAGAAAAUUACAAAAACUUUUUUAAUCAUCUAAAGAAAGAAUAGGAAAAUAUUUCGAUAAUUUUGUCACUUGCCCUUCUCAGGUCCAAAUAUAACGGUGUGUGCAAAUCCUGCCUGCGAUACUUGCUGUUCUUCCUCUGAUAUCCCCAUAGCAUUAGAACCUUCAAAAAAGUUAUAUUUUUACUUAGUAUUAACUCUUCUCUGAUAGGGAGAGGGAAGGAGGCAGGGUGGCGGGGUCCUGUGUCCCCCUGCCUGCCCCGUGACCCCCUCUUUCUCCCCCUAUAAAGGUUAUUUCUUUUUUUCGUUGUACUCUAUAGAUAACAUAUUUAUGUAAUUCUCAGAGUCGCCUAUUUUACCUAUGUAACGUUGCUCAAGCGAUCCCUCCCCCCCCCCCCCCCUCUAAUUUCUGCAGGCAGAAAAAAUAACCCAUAUUAUAUGUCUCUCUAUUACGAUGGUUUCCCUCGUGUGAAAACGUUUCAUUGUACAGUAAUUUAAAUAAUAAAUGUUAAAUGUUUA